CGCUUCAGGCUCGGCGUCCGAGGGGCGCCGCGGGGUCCUCCCGAGGCCGCAGACCCCGGGCGCGGUGCAGUCUGGGGGAACAUGGCCGCUUCCGGUCUUCCUCCCAGGCCGGCGCUGGCUUGACCGCGGCCCCUGCCUGGUGCACUCCGCCCUCCGCUCCCUGCCUGGCAGUCGCGGAGGUCCCUUCAGCCUUUUGCUCUCGUUGCCCCUGCUGGGCCAUGGAGAAGAGCUCGAGCUGCGAGAGUCUGGGCUCCCAGCCCGCAGCGGCUCGGCCGCCCAGCGUGGACUCCCUGUCCAGUUAAUGUGUUAAGAGCCAUUGACAUUUGAAGAUCAUCAGAAGUGAAGAUAAAACAUCUCAAAAAAUUAUAAUGAAAAGGGCAAAGUGAUAAUCUGCUGUCCUACCUUUACAGGAUUUUUGUGGAACCCAAAUAUGAUGAUUGAUGAUGACAGUAAUUUUAAAUAAUACAUGCCUCCACUUCUCAUUCAGAGAAUUCAGUGCAUACAAAAUCAGCUUCUGUUGUGUCAUCAGAUUCCAUUUCAACUUCUGCAGAGAACUUUUCUCCUGAUUUGAGGGUCCUGAGGGAAUCUAACAAAUUAGCAGAAAUGGAAGAACCACCCUUGCUUCCAGGAGAAAAUAUUAAAGAUAUGGCCAAAGAUGUAACUUACAUCUGUCCAUUUACUGGUGCUGUAAGAGGAACUCUGACUGUCACGAAUUACAGGUUAUAUUUCAAAAGCAUGGAACGGGACCCCCCAUUUGUUUUAGAUGCUUCUCUUGGUGUUAUAAGUAGAGUGGAAAAAAUUGGUGGUGCCUCUAGUCGAGGUGAAAAUUCUUAUGGACUGGAAACUGUGUGUAAGGAUAUUAGGAAUUUACGAUUUGCUCAUAAACCUGAGGGGCGAACAAGAAGAUCCAUAUUUGAGAAUCUAAUGAAAUAUGCAUUUCCUGUCUCUAAUAACCUGCCUCUUUUUGCUUUUGAAUACAAAGAAGUAUUCCCAGAAAAUGGGUGGAAGCUAUAUGAUUCUCUUUUAGAGUAUAGAAGGCAGGGAAUUCCAAAUGAAAGCUGGAGAAUAACUAAGAUAAAUGAACGAUAUGAACUUUGUGAUACAUACCCUGCCUUGUUGGUUGUACCAUCAAAUAUUCCUGAUGAAGAAUUAAAGAGAGUGGCAUCCUUUAGGUCAAGGGGCCGCAUCCCAGUUUUAUCCUGGAUUCAUCCUGAAAGUCAAGCCACAAUCACUCGAUGUAGCCAGCCCAUGGUAGGAGUGAGUGGGAAACGAAACAAAGAUGAUGAAAAAUACCUUCAAGCCAUCAUGGAUUCCAAUGCCCAGUCUCACAAAAUCUUUAUAUUUGAUGCCCGACCAAGUGUUAAUGCUGUUGCCAAUAAGGCAAAAGGUGGAGGUUAUGAAAGUGAAGAUGCUUAUCAAAACGCAGAACUAGUUUUUCUGGAUAUCCACAAUAUUCAUGUCAUGAGAGAAUCAUUACGAAAACUUAAAGAGAUUGUGUACCCCAACAUUGAGGAAACUCACUGGCUGUCUAACUUGGAAUCUACUCACUGGCUAGAACAUAUUAAGCUUAUUCUUGCAGGGGCUCUUCGGGUUGCUGACAAGGUAGAGUCAGGGAAGACGUCUGUAGUGGUACACUGCAGUGAUGGUUGGGAUCGCACAGCUCAGCUAACUUCUCUAGCCAUGCUUAUGUUGGAUGGAUACUAUCGCACAAUACGAGGAUUUGAAGUCCUUGUGGAGAAAGAGUGGCUAAGCUUUGGACAUAGAUUUCAACUAAGAGUUGGCCAUGGAGAUAAGAACCAUGCAGAUGCAGAAAGAUCACCUGUUUUCCUUCAGUUUAUUGACUGUGUGUGGCAAAUGACAAGACAGUUUCCUACUGCAUUUGAAUUCAAUGAAUAUUUUCUCAUUACCAUUUUGGACCACCUGUACAGCUGCUUGUUUGGAACAUUCCUUUGUAACAGUGAACAGCAGAGAGGAAAAGAGAAUCUUCCUAAGAGGACUGUGUCACUGUGGUCUUACAUAAAUAGCCAGCUGGAAGACUUCACUAAUCCUCUCUAUGGGAGUUAUUGCAAUCAUGUCCUUUAUCCAGUAGCCAGCAUGCGCCACCUAGAGCUCUGGGUGGGAUAUUACAUAAGAUGGAAUCCACGGAUGAAACCACAGGAACCUAUUCACAAUAGAUACAAAGAACUUCUUGCUAAACGAGCAGAGCUUCAAAAAAAAGUAGAGGAACUACAGAGAGAAAUUUCCAACCGAUCAACCUCAUCCUCAGAGAGAGCCAGCUCUCCUGCACAAUGUGUCACUCCUGUCCAGACUGUUGUGUGAAAGGAUUGUGACCAAGGACAUCAUUGAUAUGAACUCUUCAUUACAGUGGCAGCUUUAUGAGUAGAAAGUCUCCCUAUUUUGAACUCAUCUCUGAGAGAAAAGUUCAGAUGCUUUAUUUAUUUUAAGUCUCUCUAAGAUGAGUUUAGAACUAUAGCAAUGUGGGUGGCUUAAGAGAAACAUGAAAUUACAUGAUUAUGACACUAAACCUGUUCAGACAUCUGGUAAAAGUACAAACUACUUUAGAAAUACACCUCUUGAUUGGAGAAAGCUCACUGCACAGAGCCAAGUUUUCAAACCAAAUCAACACUGAAGUUUUGUGGCAUCAUCUAUAUUAGGCCUUUAUGUAUGACAGAUCAAAAUCAUUUAAUACCUUUUUCUCCAUCAUGGGCUUUUCUUCAUGUAGUAAUUGAUUUACAUUGAUCACUGUUCAACCUCCAUUCUUAAUAUAGUGAAAGGCAACACAUAGUGUGGCAGUAGUUAAAAAUUGCUGCUGACAUUAUUUAUAUACUUAAUUAGGGCAUUCUACUGUUCCAGAAUGAUGCCUUAGAAAUAUGCUUAGGGGACCAUAAGGAGACAAAGUGGAAGCCAUUUUGGAGUUCAAAGAAUUCUAUGACAUUCAGAUUAAUUUUCUUUUUUUUCCAAUUAAAAAAAAAUUGUACCCCUUUCUGUUUUACCCCUUGCUAAUUGGGAAGUUUUAAAGUUUAAAAAAGGCUUUUUUGAAGACUGUAUAAAUAGCAUAUGGUGAGAAGUAUAAUGCUUAAAUUUUACAUGAAAUACUUCACUACUUUAUUCCACCAAAUUAAGCCUACCAAAGAACAAACCGCAUUUAAAAAUGAAUUACAAUCUCAAUACCAGUAAAAGAAAUCUUGCUUCACUGCUUGCCUGAGACUUUGGUGCUGGUAUGGACAUUUCACUGUCUGAUGUCUAUUUUACUCUAUAUGAGAGCCAUAUGUAAUGUACUGUAACUAAGAAGCUUCUUGUCCCUUGGUCUUUUAAUUAAAAGAAAUUUCAGCUAAUUUUAAAA